AUGAAGCGCGCGACGAAACCCGCGCGCGUGGACGACGCGGACGUCGCGCGCGUCGUGCUGCGCUAUCUCGAACGACAAGGGUACGAAGGCGCGAGAAAGGCGUUUUUAAAAGACGCGGCGACGACGCUCGGCGACGACGCGCCGCGCGGAGGGGGGAGAAAGACGAAGGAUUUGAAGCGCGUGAUCGAUGAAUACGUGCGGUUGAAGGACGCGGAGCAUCGACGACGACAUUGCACGGGAGUGGUGGGGAAGAUGAUGAAGGUGAUCGACGACGCGCUGGCGGGACGCGAGUCGAAGUCGCGAGACGAAGGACGCGGACGGGGACGGAGAGGGACGAGAGACGACGCGAGCGGAGCGUCGGGGAGCGAGAGCGAUGCGGUGGAUGACGACGAAAGGUCGGAGUCGGAAUCGGAGGAAAUCGUGGAGAGGGAAAUCGCGGCGACGAGACGAGCGGCGGAUGCGGCGCCGGCGCCGGCGGGUUCGAAUCGACGGAAAAAGGCGAGCGUGGCGCCGAAACGGUUCGUUCCCGGACGAGGGCCGACGGCGAACGGGAACGCGGUCGCGUCUACGAGUGGGGCGCGAUCGAUGCACGGGACGCCGAAACUGACGCCGUUGAGCGCGAAGGCGCCGCUCGGGUCGCUGCGUCCGUUUCACAUGCCAGAGCUCGCCGACGGCGCGGCGCAAAAGAAGAUGGCGGACGUCAUCGUCGGCGCGCUCGGCGGUCGCGGUAAGGUGCAACUGUCGAAAUACGGUGAUCCAGCGAAGGGCGAACUCAUCGACGAGGGCACGGUGGAGAACGUCAUGCAAUCCCUCAUGGACGCCGACGACGAGCUGGGCGAAUUUUUGUUCUCCAUGAUCGACGAGGUCGAGCGCGACGUCGCGCUUCGCGCCGUCGAUGCGCAAGGCCCACCGGAGCACGCGUUCGGGUCACCUAGGAAAAAGUCGAAAAAUUAG